GGGGGUGCAGAGCCACCCCCCCCCAUGCGGAGUGAGCCAACGCGGCUUACAGCUCCCCCCUCAGAGCGGCACCGCUUCAACAGAGCUGCUGCUGCUGCUGCCUCUCUCUCGUCAAGGCUACGUGUCGCACACUGUGAAGAAUGGCCAACGUUAAGGUGACGCUGCUGCUACUUGUUGCCCUUGUCGGGCUGUGCGCAGCGCAAUAUCCGCAGUACGGGGAGGGAGACCGGAAUGGCAACGUCUUCCCACCGUUCGACACGCCACCUGGGCAAGGAGGCGCAUACUAUGACUACGAAUAUCCAGAAGGCUAUCAGACUCCCUCUCCAGCUGAACCGCCUGUUGUGAUACUCCCGGCUGGUCAAGAUGUCACACCGACGGAUUCAUUGAAAGUCUAUGGCCCAAGACCUGUGCAGCCUGUCAAACCAGUUGAGCCAGAGCCCACUGAACCGGGUCUCGGAGGCUGCCGCGAGGAGCAGUACGUGUGCACGCGGCUCUACUCGGUGCAGAAGCCGUGCCGCGAGUGCCUUCACACGCGCUGCUUCUACAGGGGCGUUCGUGUUUAUGUUAUGAACAAAGAACUUUGUGUGCGCACCGUGUGUGAACAAGACCAGCUUGCCAAAGCCAAUCUGUGCCGAGACCAGUACUCCCACUGCGGCCUGUACGCCGGCCUCGGCUUCUGCGGCGACAUCUCGAGUUCGUGCGGGAAGAGCUGCCACUCCUGCUAAUGGCAGAGCCACGUGGGAGCAGCCGCAGCACGGGCCGGAGGCGUCGAGGCCUAGCCAGCCUGGUGCAGCCCAUCCAACAACCGGCGUGUGGCUUGUGUGAUGAAUAAAGUUACACGAACAUUAUGUCAUGCUUUGAAAUCCUAGAAAUGUUGACUUCACAUUUAUGUUUAACUUGUACUUGAAUUUGUAUUGUAUAAUCUCCAACAUUCCUUGUAUUCAUUGAUACAUACUAACCUCGACAUGCUGUUUAACAAUGUUAUCUUAUAUAUACUUGUCUUAAUUUCAGGUCAGAUUGAGCAUCAGGAGAUAAUUAGAGGUAAUUUUUUAAAAUCGUGUUUAGAAAUGUAUUUUUCCUGUGCAUGCUGCAGAGUUUCUGCGAUUUUCUGUGCUUGCAAAAUCCCGCAAACUGCAUAUUCUUUGUGUUCAUGAGAACCUAGUUAAUGUCUCAGUGGCAGCUUAAAAACAUCGUUGUUACUGUCGAUUAUAAUUACAUACGUGUGCAGGUGCUGAAGACAGGCAACAAUGUAGCAUGAACAAUGCCAUGUUCGGUGUGAUUAGCGAUGGUGGAAGGGCUAGGAGAUGGCAUUGCACUUCAAUCCAUGGGAAUGUUCAAAAGAGCACUCGACACUGCAGAACGGCAGUCUCUUUCUCAGUCUCUGCGCAUUCUCACAUGUAAUCAAUAUUAGAGUUGGCAGAUAAUGGCCAUAAACGGCAUUGCCUUGCCUUAAAAUUAAAAUGUCACUGAAACUUGCUUUCUGGGCCAUUGUUUACUUAGGCAAAGAUUCGUUAGAAAAACGACGGUGUUUAUUGAGUGAUUGACAACCACGUGACCUCUUGCAAACAUGAGUGACGCACACCGAUGCGCCGCCUACAGGCCAGGUGUGAGGGCAGCUUUACUGGGAAACCACUGCCACCCGUUUCCAUGCGUCGUGGUAUUGUGACGUGGGCACGAUUUCACGUGAGAUGUAUUACGAUGGAACUCUCAUCCGCAAUGAAAUCUGGAUACGGUGGCGGAGGUAAGUUGAGUUGUCCUUCCCCCGCACCUCUGAUUAACACGGUUGGAUACAUAAGGUGCGAAAGAAGUUCAAUGUACAUAGGCAAGGAUAAUUGCAGAUAUAGUGUGUCAUGUACAGAUCUCUUCACGUGCCGUAGCCAGGCUGAAAAACACUCGUAUGAACAGAAGCACAUGUUCAUAUCGGAGUCAGUUUAUUGGAAUGAAUGAUUAGCUGUCUUCCUUGCGGUGAGCAUGGCCUCAAAUCAACUUUUAAAUCUUCUUGGUUCUUUCGGUAAAGUCACGUAGAAGGGAAGUAAUAAAAUAAUAAAACAUAAUAAAAUUAUUCUCACGACGUUUCGGCCACAACGCAAGCAGCCGUCAGAGACUCUGUCGCGACAGAGACUCUGUCGCCUCGACGGACCUGGUUUUCACCUGAGGACGGCUGCUUGCGUUGUGGCCGAAACGUCGUGAGAAUAAUUUUAUUAUGUUUUAUUAUUUUAUUACUUCCCUUCUACGUGACUUUACCGAAAGAACCAAGAAGAUUAAUCCCUGCAGUCACGAAAGCUUUAAAUCAACUUUUAAAUGUUGCCAACUUCGCAAAAUUUAGUGGAAAUUAAGAGUUGGACUAAUCGGUGGGAGCUCACAGCCAGGCGCAGUAAAAAUGCUGUCGACGAGAAGAGUGGUAUCUCGUAUUCAAAUGAUUUUACAGUAAAUAUACAUGCCUCCACUUUGUACACCUGAAACUUUAGUUCACUUGCAGCUGCUCUGCAGUGAAUGAACUGAAAAUUUUCAUCCAUCAACCAUAUCAAUUGGCUUUGCAUCUUAAGAAAAGACAAUUAGGUCGUUUAUACCAACAAAUUAUGAACAGCACAAAUGUUUAAGCUCAAAUGACUCCAAGAGUUGGACGGCAACAUAACCAUUGUCUAAUAUAAAAGUAAAAAUAAAGUUACCAACAUAAAACAUG